AUGAGGUCGUAUCAAAUAAUAGCUGCGCUGAGCGUGAUGACGGCAUGUACCAUGGCCAUACCGAUUUUUGUCGAAGGAGGACCUCGAUCCCAGAGCUCAGAGUCAGCCGAAAAUUACGCACCCAAAGCAUACAAGUUCGAUUACGCGGUUCACGAUCCGGAAACGUACGACGUGAAGAGCCAAUGGGAAGCGCGAGAGGGUGACGUGGUCAAGGGAGCAUACAGUGUUCUGGAACCUGAUGGCGCCAUGAGGCUGGUCGAGUACACCGCUGAUCCGGAAACAGGUUUCAACGCGGUGGUUAGCCGGUCUGACAGCGGAAACACGGGCUACAGGAAGCCCAGCAAUGACGCGUUCGACUUCUGAAUCGGCGUCCGCUAAGCCGGCGACCCUCCACGCCGUUGGGGCAUCCGAUUUCCGGUGUGCGGUAGUACCGACAACGACGACAAUGAUAACAUAUUAUUAUAAACAUAAUACUAUAUUAUCAUUAUAGCGUUGUCGUAUUGCUACACCGUACACCGUCGUCGUCGCCCGAUUAUAAUACAUAAUAUAGUACGAUUAUUUUAAUAUAUUAUAAAUACGUUAUUUCCCGUUCUUCCCCCAACAGCAUGCGUAGAAUCUAAUUUUACUAGAAAAAAAUCAUACUAUAUUUUUAUACUUUUAUAAUAUAAUAAAUACUGCAGGUACGUGUGUGUACUGGACUAUGCGUGGUGUGCAUACUGCAUACCCAUAAUUAUAUGUAUGUAAAUUUUUAAUCACCUGCAUUGUUAAUCAUUUGUAUUGUUAUUAGUAUUAUUUUAUAUUGGUUUGUUUUUAAAAUG